UCUCACUUCUCAUUUGACUACUGGUCUUUCUCCGGCGACCAAUCUUUCUCUUUCUAUAACUCCGGCGACUCAAUCUCUCUCUCUAUAACUCCGGCUUCUCUCCGUAUCAUCUCAAGACGUACGGAGAGAAUUGAAGAAUAUUUGAAAAGUGCAUUUUAAGCUUUAGAUCUCUAUCUGCCUCAGCCUUUCAUGGCGAACUGAUUGAGUUUCCGAAUUGAAGUUCGUUGGUGUUUUCACGGCGAGGAAGAGGCUGUUUGUUAGUUGUUUUGGUGUGUACGUGCUAGCUAGAGUUGAGGUGCUUUAAUGGCGGAGAGUGGUGAAGGGAAAGCAAUGCCGGAGGCGGAGAAGAAGAAGGAGCAGUGCGUUCCUUUUCACCAGCUGUUUUGUUUCGCUGAUAAAUACGAUUGGGCGUUGAUGACCCUUGGAAGCUUAGGCGCCAUUGUUCAUGGCUCUUCCAUGCCCGUCUUCUUCCUCCUCUUCGGCCAGAUGGUGAAUGGUUUCGGCAAAAACCAGACCGAUUUCCAUGCCAUGACUCAUGAAGUCUCUAAGUACGCUUUGUAUUUCGUCUAUCUUGGCCUGAUCGUUUGCGUUUCAUCCUACGCCGAGAUUGCGUGUUGGAUGCACAGUGGGGAGCGGCAGGCGGGGGCAUGGCGGAGGAAGUAUUUGGAAGCAGUGCUGAAACAGGACGUUGGAUUCUAUGACACUGACGCGAGGACUGGCGAUAUUGUUUUUAGCGUCUCAACGGAUACUCUGUUGGUCCAAGAUGCCAUAAGUGAGAAGGUGGGGAACUUCAUUCAUUAUCUGUCAACAUUCUUGGCUGGACUGGUGGUUGGUUUUGUGUCAGCAUGGAGGUUAGCUCUUCUCAGUGUGGCUGUAAUACCUGGAAUUGCAUUUGCUGGGGGAUUGUAUGCUUAUACUCUCACAGGUCUCACGUCCAAAAGUCGUGAAUCAUACGCCAAUGCUGGGAUCAUUGCAGAGCAGGCUAUUGCACAAGUUAGGACAGUUUACUCGUAUGUUGGCGAGAGCAAAGCCCUAAACUCGUAUUCAGAUGCGAUCCAGAACACGCUCAAACUUGGAUAUAAGGCGGGGAUGGCCAAAGGAUUGGGGUUAGGAUGUACCUAUGGAAUAGCAUGCAUGUCGUGGGCACUUGUUUUCUGGUAUGCUGGUGUUUUCAUCAGGAAUGGUCAGUCUGAUGGUGGAAAGGCGUUUACUGCUAUUUUUUCAGCCAUAGUUGGUGGCAUGAGUUUGGGGCAGUCGUUUUCCAACCUUGGAGCCUUUAGUAAAGGCAAAGCAGCGGGAUACAAGUUAAUGGAGAUUCUCAAGCAGAAACCGACAAUAGUUCAAAAUCCCACAGACGGGAAGUCCCUGGCUGAGGUCCAGGGAAAUAUUGAGUUCAAAAACGUAACCUUCAGCUAUCCUUCCAGACCCGAUGUCAUUAUCUUCCGAAAUUUCUCCAUUUUCUUCCCUGCUGGGAAGACCGUUGCAGUUGUGGGUGGCAGUGGCUCUGGGAAAAGCACUGUUGUGUCUCUGAUAGAAAGAUUCUAUGAUCCUAAUGAAGGUGAAAUUUUACUGGAUAACGUGGACAUAAGGACUCUCCAGCUUAGUUGGUUGCGAGAUCAGAUUGGUUUGGUGAACCAAGAACCCGCACUGUUUGCUACCACCAUACUUGAGAACAUACUAUAUGGAAAGCCCGAUGCAACCAUGGUCGAAGUGGAGGCUGCUACCGCUGCUGCUAAUGCUCAUAGCUUUAUUUCCUUGCUUCCCAACGGAUACAACACUCAGGUGGGAGAGCGUGGUGUCCAACUCUCUGGUGGUCAGAAGCAGAGAAUUGCGAUUGCAAGAGCUAUGUUAAAGAACCCGAAGAUCCUACUGCUAGAUGAAGCUACUAGCGCCCUCGAUGCAGGCUCAGAGAGCAUCGUGCAGGAGGCUCUAGACCGUCUAAUGGUUGGCAGAACGACUGUGGUUGUUGCUCACCGGCUGUCUACAAUUAGAAACGUUGAUUCUAUUGCAGUCAUACAGCAAGGGAAAGUUGUUGAAACGGGGAACCAUGAGGAAUUGAUAGCCAAAGCGGGGGCGUAUUCUUCCUUAAUCAGAUUCCAGGAAAUGGUUGGGAAUAGAGACUUUUCAAACCCAUCAACCCGUCGUUCACGUUCAACAAGGCUAAGUCACUCGUUGUCAACAAAGUCUUUGAGUCUCCGGUCUGGCAGUUUGAGAAACUUGAGCUAUUCUUACAGCACGGGUGCUGAUGGGCGCAUAGAGAUGAUAUCAAACGCUGAAACAGAUAAGAAAACUCGGGCUCCAGAUGGGUACUUCUGCCGCCUUCUCAAACUAAAUGCUCCUGAGUGGCCCUAUUCUGUAAUGGGGGCCGUGGGAUCCUUGCUCUCCGGUUUCAUCGGUCCAACUUUUGCAAUUGUCAUGAGCAACAUGAUCGAGGUUUUCUACUACACAAACCCUGCUAGCAUGGAACGAAAGACCAAGGAGUACGUCUUCAUUUACAUUGGAAUAGGCCUUUAUGCUGUGGUUGCAUAUUUGAUUCAGCAUUACUUCUUUAGCAUUAUGGGCGAGAAUCUUACCACGAGGGUGAGAAGGAUGAUGCUGGCAGCAAUUCUAAGAAAUGAAGUUGGAUGGUUUGACGAGGAGGAGAACAAUUCCAGCCUUCUUGCAGCCCGCUUAGCGACAGAUGCUGCAGAUGUUAAAUCUGCCAUUGCCGAGAGAAUCUCUGUGAUACUGCAAAACAUGACCUCUCUUCUAACUUCAUUCAUUGUCGCUUUCAUUGUGGAAUGGAGGGUCUCACUACUCAUCCUCGGGACAUUUCCACUUCUCGUCCUGGCUAAUUUUGCUCAGCAACUCUCACUCAAAGGUUUCGCCGGAGACACGGCUAAGGCGCAUGCAAAGACUAGUAUGAUUGCAGGGGAAGGCGUGAGCAACAUCAGAACAGUGGCGGCCUUCAACGCCCAGGAGAAGAUACUUUCAUUGUUUGCCCAAGAACUCAGAGUCCCACAAAAGCAAAGCCUUCGCCGCAGUUUACUCUCAGGCUUCCUGUUUGGUCUCUCCCAGCUCGCCCUCUACUCCUCAGAAGCUUUGAUCUUAUGGUAUGGCGUUCAUCUCGUCACCAAAGGACUGUCCACAUUCUCGAAGGUCAUCAAGGUCUUCGUGGUUCUCGUGGUGACAGCGAAUUCAGUUGCAGAAACCGUCAGUUUGGCCCCGGAGAUUGUCCGGGGCGGUGAAGCAGUUGCUUCCGUGUUCUCCAUUCUUGAUCGUCACACCCGGAUUGACCCCGAUGAUCCUGAUGCGGAUCCCGUGGAGACAAUCCGGGGCGACAUUGAGCUCCGGCAUGUCGAUUUUGCUUAUCCGUCCAGACCAGAUGUUUGUGUUUUUAAGGAUCUUAACCUCAGGAUCCGGGCGGGGCAAAGCCAGGCGCUAGUGGGGGCGAGCGGCUCAGGGAAGAGCUCUGUCAUUGCGUUGAUAGAGCGGUUCUAUGACCCCACGGCCGGGAGAGUGAUGAUCGACGGGAAAGACAUCAGGAGACUGAACCUGAAAUCUCUGCGGCUCAAGAUCGGAUUGGUUCAGCAAGAGCCGGCGCUAUUCGCCGCCAGCAUUUUCGACAACAUAGCCUACGGCAAAGAAUCCGCCACGGAAUCUGAAGUCACAGAAGCAGCCCGGGCUGCAAACAUGCACAACUUCAUUAUAGGACUACCCGACGGAUACAAAACCCCGGUGGGCGAGCGGGGCGUUCAGCUCUCGGGCGGCCAAAAGCAGCGGAUUGCCAUCGCCCGGGCGGUCCUCAAGGACCCGUCGAUCCUCCUGCUCGACGAGGCCACAAGCGCCCUGGACGCCGAAUCCGAGUGCGUCCUGCAAGAAGCCCUGGAAAGGCUAAUGAGAGGAAGAACCACAGUUCUUGUUGCCCACAGGCUAUCCACCAUUCGAAACGUGGACAGCAUCGGGGUCGUGCAAGACGGCCGGAUAGUCGAGCACGGGAGCCACUCCGAGCUAAUCAGCCGGCCGGAAGGCGCAUAUUCGAGGCUGCUGCAACUGCAGCACCAUCGCAUAUGAAUCAUGCAUGCAGAAAGCAAGAGCAGGCUAAGCAACAUGGAAUGGUGGUGAUGAUGAGUGUGUGGGGAGGUUUGGUUGUUGGGUCCCAUUAACAGUAGCUUUCUUUCAUCUUUUAUUGAUGGUGAUGGUGAUAGUUGUAGAUAUAUGUGGGCAUGAAGUCAAAAUAUUCUGUGAUAUUCUAUGUACUCUUUUUAACUUCAUUCCCAAUGGAGAACAUAUGUUAAAAUAUUGAUGUUGUCUAUGGAGCAUAGCCUUUAUCUUUUGAUUA